AUUCGUUUAAUGGCUAUUACUGAAUUAGAAAAUAUAUUUCACAUUUAUGUUAUGAGCUCCGCAUAAGCGACCAUUCACAGCGAUAUGGAAAUAUUGCGCCUAGAGUGUUGGGUAACACUUUAAAGUGUGAGCGCCAGCUGGAAGGCAUCAGCUGAUAGAAACGCCAAGUUGGAGAGGAAUAACAAAACGAUUUAGUUUGUUGCCGCCAAAGAAAACUAGUAAUAUUCGACAUGCCGAUUUCGGACAGUCAGAAGCAAGGGCUGCGGGAGUUACUUGUAAAUGAUAAGAACUUAGCCGUCCUGCUACAUCUGGCAAAAGCUGCCACCAAAAAUGUUUGCAAAACCGAAGACCCAGAGGAGGCCCUUCGUCUGAUUACUGCUCACAUUCCUGACAUUUACGUACUGCUUUCCAAGCGCGCCAUAACGAAGGAACUCCUCUUUACGUAUUUGAGCAGUCGACGCGCGGACGCAGCCACAGACUUCAGCAAGGCAGACCUCAUAGCCAAGGUUAUACAGUAUUGGAAGCAGGAGCAUCAACCAAGCAUAGAGCUUUCCGGAGACCAGAAUUCCAGCUUGCUUUACAAACAAAACGAAGAGGAUUACCCCAUUCACACAAUUGCGCGAAAGUUCGGCGAGUGGUUCUUCGAGCGCCUCAACGCAGACACCUUCAGUCUCGUGGAUUUGUGGGCCGAUGCGGCGCUACAUCUCACAAUCGUAGCCAGUGAUGGAAUCAAUGAGUGGCAGUGCGAAACGGCUGCCGAGGUGCUAUCGACUCUAACCAGCGCAAAGCAGCAGUUUGACUUUUAUUUUAAUCCGAACCUGACGCACGCCGGUAUUCAGGGUCGAAUGGAUUCCUAUGGGCAGUUCGUAGUGAUCUGCUGCGGCACUCUGCACUCCAGUGAUAGCUGCGUCGGAAUCUUUGAAUGUGCAUUUGGACUGCUGCGGGACCCGUUUGCCGACAACAACUGGAAACCCAAAAAAGUGAAGUGCUUUCUUAAAAGUGAAGUUCAGCCUCCAGAGCUGCACUAUCUGAGCUUGAGCGAAACUCUGCAGACAGCUCUAGAGCUGCCAGUACCCACUGAUGACUUCAACUAACGGACUGUUAUGUAUCAGCGCUUCCACAAGAAGUAUAAUUUUAAAAGUUAGGUACCUUACUUACUUGGACAGAAUUGUAGUCGAUCAUUUAGCUAUAGGAAUGUUAUAGGUUAUAUACUCACGGAUUACAGCACGCAGUUGAAAUUGGAAGGCGUAGAUAAAAAAUGUUGACAGCCCACACUGUAAGAUUAAAGAAAACAAAUGCAUUAAAAAUGUGUGGGUUAAAAACAAUGAGCUGAAUCUGAGAGUUAGUCGCUCAGAUUAAAGCUUAUAUGCCUGAUACUUUCUUCGACCAACCGAAGAACCCUAUUCUUGCAGCGAUAAUCUCUUCUAGUCUACCAACUAAACAUUUUUUUGUUUACCAUUAAACAAAUUAAUAUUGUGUAUUAAGAUUAGAACUUUUAGAACAUCAAAUUUACACAAGAAACUAUACAUAUUAAAAAAUGA